CUCCUCUUUCAUCUCCUUCUUGGUCCUCCUCUCUUCUCAUUCCUUCCUCUUUGCGGGGUUUUCUCUGGAUCGAGAGGUCUACGAAGGAGGAGGAGAAGAAAGAAGAGGGAAAGAAGCUUGAGAAGUCUGUUAUUUUCUCUUUGAGUGCAUGGAUUUGGAUAGCGUAGAGUGCGUGUCGUCGUGCGAUGGAAUGGAUGAGGAUGAACCGUCUCAUCUCCACCACCAAUUUGCCAAGCUCCAUGGUGCAGCGGCGCUUAAUGGAGCAACGCCGGCUCCAGGGAUCUCCCCUACCACUAGCAUCAACGAACUGCUUGAAUGCCCAGUUUGCACCAAUUCUAUGUACCCUCCCAUUCAUCAGUGCCACAAUGGCCACACUUUGUGUUCAUCCUGCAAAACAAAGGUCCAGAACCGCUGCCCAACUUGUCGACAAGAACUCGGAGACAUUAGGUGUCUAGCAUUAGAAAAGGUGGCCGAAUCUCUCGAGCUUCCAUGCAAGCAUUCCUCUCUGGGCUGCCCAGGAAUUUUUCCCUAUUUCAGCAAGCACUUACAUGAAAGUCAGUGCAACUUCAGACCUUACAAUUGCCCAUAUGCCGGCUCAGAAUGCUCUGUUACAGGAGACAUUCCUUUCUUGGUGACCCACCUAAGGGAUGACCACAAAGUAGACAUGCACACUGGGUGCACCUUCAACCACAGAUAUGUUAAAUCAAAUCCCCGGGAAGUUGAGAAUGCCACUUGGAUGUUGACAGUCUUCCAUUGCUUUGGGCAAUACUUCUGCUUGCACUUUGAGGCAUUCCAGCUGGGUAUGGCUCCUGUGUACAUGGCUUUCUUGAGGUUUAUGGGUGAUGAGACGGAUGCCAGGAAUUAUUGCUACAGCCUUGAGGUUGGGGCCAAUGGGAGGAAACUCAUAUGGGAAGGUAUACCCCGAAGCAUCCGCGACGGCCAUCGCAAGGUGCGGGAGAGUCACGACGGCCUCAUAAUACAGAGGAACAUGGCGCUCUUCUUCUCCGGCAGCGACAGGAAAGAACUGAAGCUGAGAGUCACCGGGCGGAUAUGGAAGGAGCAACAGAGCUCAGAAUCUGGUGUCUGUAUACCCAAUCUCUGCAGCUGAAACAAUCCUAUUGUGUGUUUUGUCUGUGUGGUAAUCUUUUUUCAAUUUUUUUUUUUUGUUUUUUUUUCCCUAUUUUUUUUUAUAUUAUUCUGCUUUCAGGUUGAAACUCUAGCAGAUGUAUCCCUUUAAUUAUGGAUGGAAAGUUUGGUGAUAAAUGCUGUGGCUAUAUGGAUUGUUGUGGAAAGUGGAAUGGUACAAAUGAGUUUCAGAUGAUUGGUGCUU